CCACAAUCACAUUCACAUUCACAUUCACAUUCACAUUCACAUUCACAUUCACACUCACAACCACAAUCACAAUAACAUUUCCAUCUUCCUCAAUCCAGCUUUAUUAUACACCACCACAUCUUCUCCACCUCAUCCACAAUGAAGCUCCUCAGUCUCGUCGCCUGCACCGCAGCAUUUCUAUCAACAGGCACCCUCGCCUACCCCAUCACCGGCACAACCGUCAACUGUCGCUCCGGCCCCGGCACCAGCUACGCCGUGAAGAAAACCUACAAGAAAGGCGACAGCGUCACAAUCAGCUGCCAAAGCGAAGGCCCCGUCGUCAGCGGAAACAGCAUCUGGGACAAAACCACCGACGGCUGCUACGUCGCCGACUACUACGUCAAGACCGGCACCAACGGGUACGUGAAGCCCAAGUGCGGCGGCACCGGUGGCGGUGGCAGCAGCGGCAAGAUCCCCGGCCCCGUCACGAACGAUUACCCGUACAAGAGCCAGUGCGGCCCUGCCGACAAAUGGAACUAUUUCAAGUGCCAAUGCACCAGCUUUGUUGCCUGGCGCAUCAAUGAGCGCCUCGGUAUCAACUUCCACAACAAGUACAAGGGCGCUGCAUGGGGUAAUGCCAAUUCUUGGGACGAGGCUGCGCGCAAGACUGGCGUCCGUGUAGAUAACAAGCCCGUCCCGGGAUGCAUCGCGCAGAGCAAUGCUGGGUCUGCUGGACACGUCGCUUGGGUUACUAAAGUCUCUGGCAAUACGGUGACUAUCGAGGAGUACAACUACAAAAACUAUAGGGCCUAUGGCACACGCACGGUUCCCAAGAGCACGUUCAACUAUAUCCAUGUUAAGGUCUAGUUUGUUGGAGGCGAUGUUGGAGGCUAUUGUUCGAGACCAUCUUUUAGUGUUUAGAGACUUUUCUUACUAUUCUUAUUCUGUACCUCUAUAGAGCAUAUUAAAAUUAUAACGGAU